CGGGCCUGACAGCGGAGACGAUGUCUGAGGGAGAGAGCAGACAGGCCCCGGACAAAGCCCAGGAGGCGAAGCCGGACUCCGGCACAGGGGGCCAAUGGGUGGCAUCCGUUUCACCGCCGGUGUCCACGGUCACCCAGCCGCCUGCCACCGCCGCCACGGAGGACGAGGAAGAGGAGAGCGAGGAUGAGUCCGAGAUUUUGGAGGAAAGCCCGUGUGGGCGCUGGCAGAAACGAAGGGAAGAGGUGAAUCAGCGCAAUGUUCCUGGGAUCGAUAACGCUUACUUGGCCAUGGACACAGAGGAGGGGGUUGAGGUGGUGUGGAACGAGGUCAUGUUCUCAGAAAGGAAGAACUUCAAACUGCAGGAGGAAAAAGUAAAAACCGUGUUUGACAAUUUAAUCCAGCUGGAACAUUUGAAUAUUGUGAAGUUUCACAAGUAUUGGGCAGAUGUGAAGGAAAACAGAGCCCGGGUCAUUUUCAUCACUGAGUACAUGUCAUCAGGAAGUCUCAAACAGUUCCUGAAAAAGACAAAGAAAAACCACAAGACCAUGAACGAAAAGGCCUGGAAGCGCUGGUGUACACAGAUACUGUCUGCACUCAGUUACCUGCACUCCUGUGAACCCGCCAUCAUCCACGGCAACCUUACAUGUGACACCAUCUUCAUCCAACACAACGGCCUCAUUAAGAUUGGCUCAGUUGCCCCUGACACCAUCAAUAAUCACGUGAAAACCUGCCGGGAAGAGCAGAAGAGCCUCCACUUCUUUGCUCCAGAAUAUGCAGCUGUUGCCAAUGUUACCACAGCGGUGGACAUAUAUUCCUUUGGAAUGUGCGCCUUAGAGAUGGCUGUAUUGGAAAUCCAGAGUAACGGAGAUUCAUCCUAUGUGUCCCAAGAAGCCAUAAACAGUGCCAUUCAGUCCCUAGAAGAUCCAUUGCAGCGGGAAUUUAUCCAGAAGUGUCUGGAGGUGGACCCCAGCAGGAGGCCCACAGCCAAAGAGCUGCUGUUUCACCCCGCCUUGUUUGAGGUGCCCUUACUCAAGCUGCUAGCUGCACACUGUAUCGUCAGCCACCAACACAUGAUCCCAGAAAAUGCUUUAGAGGAGAUGACGAAGAACAUGGACCCCAACCUGGUUAUCGUUGAAGCCAAGAACGGAGUUCAGAUGAAACUCUCCCAGUUUCCUGCUCUGGAAUUGGACAAGUUUCUGGAAGACGUGAGGAAUGGGAUCUAUCCUCUGACUGCGUUCGGAAUGCCCCGCCCACAGCAGCCUCAGCAGGAGGCUGUGAAAUCACCAAUAGUCCCACCAUCAGUCAAAUCCCCAACGCCUGAACCUGCAGAGGUUGAGACCAGAAAGGUCCUCCAGAUGCAGUGUAACAUCGAGCCUGUUGAGGAGGGCGCCAAGCAUCACCUGACAUUGUUGUUGAAACUUGAAGAUAAACUAAACAGGCACUUAAGCUGUGACUUGUUACCAAAUGAGAACGUGCAGGAGCUGUCUGUGGAGCUGGUCCAGCUGGGGUUCAUAAGUGAGGGCGAUCAGCCGCGACUCGCAUGCGUUCUCGAAGAGGCCUUCUCCAAGUUCUACAGCCGGAACGGUUCUCUCAACCCGGUGACUGUUUCCUCGUAGCCGAGGACUCGCCAGGCCUUUUCUCAGCCCUCCUCGUCCUCCAGAGCAGGACUAGCUUUCGCUUCACGUUUACAUCGCUGCAAAGCUUUUAGGAGGACCGAGGAGGCAGCCUUGGUCUGAUUGCAGAUCCUGACGCCUCUUCUUGUAUUUUCUGGUGGGGAAAGCUGCCACUAAGUGGUUGUUGCUCUCUUUUGUUCGUUAUUACCUUUUACUCCGCAGUCAUCUGCUUCUCUACGGACAGAGGAAAAUGUAGUUGAAGCUAAAUGGAAAGUCAGAACAGUUUUAACAGAUUUCUUUUAGUGGGAAGGAAAUGCCAGAAGUGGAAUCGAAUAACAGCAACAGUGUUUUCCUUAAGCCAGUGUUGGGAGUUGUAUUUUAAACAUCUUUUUUCUUAAAUCAUUUGAUUGAUUUGUCGCUGUCCGCUGUCCUGACAUACUGAAGCGUCUGUGUUAGUGUUUUGAGCUUGAAGUCUAGUCUAUUAAACUCUCCGAGCAUUGAAUGAGGUACCUGCUGACCUCUGAUCUAAGGUAAAACCAGUGAAGAAGCAUAAGCAGUGUCAGCUUUAAAGUUCUAUCAUCCCACAACAUAUAGUCAUAAACUCAUCAGCUGUAACACAAUCAAAUGAGCAAGUUAAGAUUAUAUAGAAAUCUAUUUAUUUGUCUCUCUUUGAUGUAUUUCUCUUCCAGCACAGAGACCAGGGGUUGAUUGUAUGCUUUUACUGCCUGUUUUUCUUUUAAACAAGCUGUUACUCUCUAUGUAAAAUGACUGAGUCCAAAUAUUGCAACACACACCAACAAGCAGUUCUCUUUAGGUUCAUUUUUUUUUACUCAAGAUAUUAGUUUGAUCAAUAUUCAAGUUCUGGAUUUAACAGUACCGGCGGUGGCGUUUUACACAUUUGCUCCAUGUCUGAAAGGAAAUCAAUACAUGAAAUGUACUCGUCUCUCUCUCAUCAGCUAGAUUUUGUUGCACUUAUGGUUCCUUUGGGUCAUUGGAUACCGUCUCAGACCUAUCCCAACUGAUAAGUGAGGAUCUUUUGCUCAUAUUUGCACAUUUGUAAACCUGUGAAUCCUGUUUGAAACCCUCUCUGCGGCUUCUUGCUGGUGCACGCCGCUGAGAGGAACAUGGAAGUUGGUGGGUCUGUGCAGCGAUGUCCUGACAGGGUCUGUAGAUAUGAGUGAGG